AUGUUUAAAGAUCUUGACCUUGCUGCUGCUAAUCAAGUUUGGCGUAUCAAAAUUCGUGUUAUCAAGAUAUGGUCUAUUAUCAUAGGUGAAGAAAAGUUUAGGAGGCCCAACUUGGAACUGGUUGUUAUGGAUGAAUUAGGUCAUCGAAUACAGUGUUCUGAUAGGAAUUCUCUGAGGAGAUUCUUUGAACAGGAUUUAAUUGAGGGUAAGGUGUAUUCUAUUGCUAAUUUCUCACUUGAACCUAAUAAUCAGAAGUACAAGCCAACAACCCAUGCUCUUCAUGUUUUCUUCAAGAGGGAAACUCAAUGUCGUUCAUUAGAGGAUAUUAACUUCCCUAACAAUGUUUUUCACUUUGUCCCAAAUGAAAUGAUACUUAAUCAUGAUAAUCACCACUCUCACUUGAUAGAUGUCAUUGGAUUGUUAACCGGAAAGGGUGAUAUAAUAGAGUUCACAAAGAAUGGAAAGAAGUCUAUAUACAUGGUGAUUGAGCUUGAUGAUAUGAAAUCUAAGGGUAAAAUAAGGUGUACUUUGUGGGAGGAUUUUGCUAAUAAACUGGUGAAACACAUGGAGGAACAGCCUUCUACUGAAUUUAUAAUCAUCCUGCAGUUUGCCAAGUUUGACAUGUUCAAGGGAACUAUGGGGAUAUCUAAUAAAAACUAUAACUCUACCUUAUACAUUAAUGCUGACCUUCAAGAGGUUAAGGAAUUUAGACAGAAAUUUAUUAUGGGAAAUGACAAGGCUUCUAACAAGCUUUCUCAAAUUGCAUCUGAUGUUUCAAUGUCACUUGAGCAAGAUCUUAUUAGCCAUACCCCAUACAAGCCCAUUUCUGAACUUAAGGAAUCCACUGAGGGUGGAAUAUUUGUUACUAUUGGAACAGUCAUGUCCAUUGAUACUAGAUUCGGUUGGUGUUACUGUAUUCACCUCAGAGUAUCUGAUGAAAUGGAUUCUGCCUCAUUUAUUAUUUAUGAUAAGGAAGCCUCCAAGUUUCUUGAAAUUUCUGCUUCUGAGCUUCGAUUGAAACAGAUAGCAAAAGGUUACAACAAGGAUGAAUUUUCCUCUGAGAUAAACUCAUUUAGAGGUAAGAAGUUCCUAUUCAAGGUUUCUGUCAAGCUCGAUGAUAUCAAUGCUUUCCAGCCUUGCAAGAUAACUAUUUUGAAGUUGACUGAAGAUCCAACUAUCCUGAAUUUGUUUGCUGCCAAGUACAAGCUAUCUGAUCCGAACAUCCCCAUUGAAAACUCUGAGCUCCAGAGCUUACAUACAGAUUCUACUGAUAAUGCUAAGGAGAUCAGUUCUCAGUCAUGUAAAAUUAUUUCUCUUGACGUUAAUGAUGACUUUGUUACUCCCAAGAGAGGUAUUAUAGCUGGUGUAAUGGCAAAAAAAUUGGUGGAUGUUUUUCCAGAGAUUGCCACUACUUCCACUUCCAAAUGUAGAAAGCUCUCUCAUGAUUCUGACUACAGCUCUAUCAAAAAGCAUGCUGACUAA